AGUACUACCUCUUUCCUCCCAACUAAAUUCAAACGCAAGUUACUGUCUUCUUACUCCAAAUAACAAAAUGACUUCCCCCACCGCCAACCAUUUUCCUCCACCUCUCUCUACCUACCCUGUUUUUCACCCCUAGCUUCUCUUUCUCCUUCUCAAUCCCUAACCAAACCCACUCCAAAAUCCCAAUGGCCAAGCUGGUGGUGGAGGUUCUCGACGCCAGCAACCUCAUGCCCAAAGACGGCCACGGCAGCGCCUCCCCCUUUGUGGAGGUCGAAUUCGACGAGGAGCGCCGCAAGACUUCUACUAAGCACAAAGAUCUCAACCCUUUCUGGGACGAGAAGCUCGUCUUCAACAUCAAGAAUCCCAGAGAUCUUGACAAAAAGUCCAUAGACGUCUCUGUCUACAAUGAUAACAAGGAGGGCCACAAGAAUUUUCUUGGGAAAGUCCGAAUAUCCGGCAGGUUUGUGCCUGAAUCUGAGCAGGAAUCCAUGGGCCAGAGGUACCCUCUUGAGAAAAGAGGCCCCUUUUCCCAUGUCAAGGGCGAUAUCGCCUUGAAGAUUUACUCCGUGCAUGGUGGCGCCCCCUCCAGUGGUGGAUUUGAGGCGGUGGAGGAGGUUCUCAACCAUAUGGAGGGCAAUAUGGAGGAUCUCUACAACCACAGCCACCACCACCAUCAGAAGCACAAGGAGAGGGAGAGAGAGAGUGCUCCACCGCCGUUGAAGGAGAUUAACACUGACAAGUUUGAUGAUGAGUUUUUCUACAAGGGGAGCCAUGACAAGAUCAAGAAGAAGAAAAGCAAGGAGAAGGAGGUGCGGACCUUCUACUCUGUUGGCACCGGCGGAGGCGGGCCGCCUCCUCCUCCGCCGGAGAAGCCUGUAUUCGAGAAAAGGGCCGACUUUGCUAAAGGCGGUGGAGCUCCGGCUGCCACUGUGAUGCAAAUGCAGUUCCCGGGGCAGAAGCCGGAGUAUGGCGUGGUGGAGACACGGCCACCGUUGGCUGCAAGGAUGGGGUAUUGGGGCAGAGACAAAACAGCAAGCACCUACGAUUUGGUGGAGCAGAUGAAUUUUCUAUACAUCAGUGUAGUGAAAGCAAAAGAUCUACCUGUCAUGGACAUCUCCGGCAGUCUUGAUCCUUAUGUAGAAGUGAAAGUGGGUAACUACAAAGGUGUGACUAAGCAUCUCGAGAAGAAUCAAUAUCCAGUUUGGAAUGCAGUCUUCGCUUUCUCAAAGGAGAGGCUUCAGAGCAACCUCAUUGAGGUUACAGUCAAAGAUAAGGACUUUGGCAAAGAUGAUUUCGUGGGGAAGGUCGUAUUUGAUGUUGCAGAAGUGCCCCUGCGCGUGCCACCAGAUAGCCCUCUGGCUCCACAGUGGUACAAAUUGGCAAACAAGAAAGGGGAGAAGCACCCUGAUCAUGGAGAGAUCAUGCUUGCAGUGUGGAUGGGGACGCAGGCUGAUGAAGCAUUCCCGGAGGCGUGGCACUCCGAUGCUCAUAGCUUGAGCCAGCAGAGUCUAGCUAGCACGAGAUCCAAAGUGUAUUUCUCACCAAAACUGUACUACCUCAGAGUGCACAUCAUGGCAGCUCAAGAUCUCGUGCCAUCUGAUAGAGGGCGGAUGCCUGAUCCGUAUGUUAAGGUGCAGCUUGGCCAUCAAAUCCGUGCCACCAGGCCUUCAGCAAUGAAGCAUAUCAACCCGGAGUGGAAUGAGGAGCUUAUGUUUGUUGUAUCUGAGCCGUUUGAUGAGUAUAUUUUCAUUAGUGUGGAGGAUAAGGUUGGACCGGGGAAGGAUGAGAAUAUUGGGAUGAUCUUGAUACCUGUUAGGGAGGUUCCACAAAGAAUCGAGACUUCCAAGCUGCCUGAGCCACGGUGGUAUGCUCUGCAGAAGCCAUCUAAGGCAGAGGAGGAUGGGGAGAAGAAAAAAGAGGUAAAGUUCGCGAGCAGGAUCCUUCUCCGGAUCUGCAUUGAUGCAGCCUACCAUGUUCUUGAUGAGUCCACGCAUUUCAGCAGUGAUCUUCAGCCAUCAUCCAAGCAUCUGAGGAAACCUAGCAUUGGGAUGCUUGAAGUUGGAAUCUUGAGUGCUCGAAACCUGCUACCGAUGAAGGGGAAAGAUAAUAGGCUCACAGAUGCGUACUGCGUAGCAAAGUAUGGGAACAAAUGGGUUCGUACCAGAACGCUUCUUGACACGCUACAUCCUCGUUGGAACGAGCAGUACACGUGGGAAGUUCAUGAUCCUUGCACUGUGAUCACCAUUGGUGUCUUUGACAACUGCCACAUCAAUGGGAAGGAUGAUGCAAGGGAUCAGCGGAUCGGGAAGGUCAGAAUCAGGCUCUCGACGUUAGAGACAGAUAGAAUUUACACUCAUUCUUAUCCGCUACUCGUGCUAGCUCCCUCUGGAUUGAGGAAGCACGGUGAGCUCCAUCUAGCUCUGCGAUUCACCUGCACAGCUUGGGUGAACAUGAUGGCUCAGUACAGCAGGCCGUUGUUGCCAAAGAUGCACUACGUUCAACCAAUCUCUGUGAGGCACAUAGAUUGGCUGCGCCACCAAGCAAUGCAGAUAGUGUCUGCACGGUUGAUCCGGGCUGAGCCACCUCUAAGGAGGGAGGUGGUGGAAUAUAUGUUGGAUGUGGAUUAUCACAUGUUCAGUUUGAGGAGGAGCAAGGCCAAUUUCUUCCGCAUAAUGUCACUCCUUUCCGGGAUUUCAUAUGUCAUCCGGUGGUUUGAUGGCAUCUGUUAUUGGAAGAAUCCAUUGACAACCAUCCUGGUGCACGUGUUGUUUCUGAUACUCAUCUGCUACCCGGAGCUGAUCCUACCAACAAUCUUUCUCUACCUGUUUGUCAUUGGGUUGUGGAACUACCGGCUGAGGUCAAGGGUUCCGCCACACAUGGAUGCUCGUCUCUCUCAGGCUGAGAACACCCAUCCGGACGAGCUUGAUGAGGAGUUCGACACAUUCCCAACAUCUCGGCCAUCUGACCUAGUGAGGAUGAGAUAUGAUAGGUUAAAGAGCGUUGCAGGAAGAGUGCAGACCGUGAUUGGAGACCUGGCAACGCAAGGGGAGAGGGCGCUGUCGAUACUGGGGUGGAGAGACCCGAGGGCGACAGCCAUCUUCAUCAUCUUCUCAUUGAUCUGGGCUGUAUUUUUGUAUGUCACUCCAUUUCAAGUUGUAGCAGUGCUCAUUGGCCUUUACAUUCUUCGACACCCACGGUUUCGGAGCAAGCUGCCAUCGGUUCCGGUCAAUUUCUUCAAGAGAUUACCAGCAAGGUCAGACUCUCUUCUAUGAGAAAAGAUCAAACAUUAAGAUAAGCAGAGAAUUUAUUGAGUAAAUAAGUUCCAAUAAAGCCUUCAUCAUCAGCUGCAGCAAAAGCUAAGUUUAGCAAUUUACCUGUCUAGAGCAGCAUUUCUUCAAUAUCUCUAAUUUGUGCAUUCUGUAACAAUUUUCCCUUUUAAUGUUAUUCAACAUAUUAUUUAAA